CCGCUCGCGCCGCCGCCUAAGCCUCAACCCAACGGCGACAACGACUACUUCAGCGGACAGCACAACCAGAGCCAUCUGUCGAAAGAGCCGAAUCCAUUCGAGUUGCAAUUCGGCGCACCCGCAGAAACACCAGGCAAGACUCAACUGCCUGGGGUGACAAGCCUGACCUCGCCAGCGUCGCUGCUCCCUGGCAACACACCUGGCUGGGGCGGUUCGCUUCGUUCCGGUCCACUAAGCCCGGCCAUGCUUACCGGGCCAACUGGGUCGAACGACUACUUCAACAGCGACCAUCAUUUCCCGGGCAGCUUCCCGACGCCCAACGAGUCAUCGCUACGGACUGGACUCACACCGGGUGGCGGUGGGUCUAUGUUCCCGCAGCCGUCACCAAACUCGCAAGCAUUGUACAACCAGCUACAGAGUGGUGGCGCAACGCCGGGCACGCUUGACUUCCACCGGACUGCUAUGACUGCGCGAGCCCAGACGCAAGCGAACAGCUACAACAUGCCGCAGAACGUGCCGACAUCGCAACCUCAGCCCAACCCUAAUAUCCAACCUGAUCUUGAUGUGAAGCCUUUCCCACCUGGCGCACAGAACCAGCCACAGGACCAAGAUCCUUUCGGUACGCAUCAAACCAACGAUGCUGCCAAUGGCCUCUAUAUGCUUGCCCAGGCUGGUGGUCAGCGCGGCGCACAGCCGUCGAUGGGCAUGCCGCCCCAGCCGCAGCAACCCUACCCACAGCAGAUGCAGCAGGACCCUAAUAUGAACAAGCGCGCAAACAAGAAUAGCGUUGUCAGCACCAUGUCCGGCAGCACCGAGAACGGCCAAGGAGAGUACUCCGAUGGUAGCGUCGAGACUAAGCCGCAGACACGGUCGGGUCGCGGCAAGAAGAACUCCAUCGGCAAGGCGACCAACGGUAAGCGCAAACCCGAGGAGACGCCAAGUAAACCCAACAACAAGCGGCAGCGUGGGUCGAAUGGCCAAGUCAUGCCGCCUGAGGAGCUCGAUGACGAUGAGAUGAUGGACGACGACCAAAUGAUGGAUGAGAACGGGCCGGACGGCAAGAAGAUGACUGACGAGGAGAAGCGCAAGAACUUCUUGGAGCGGAACAGGAUCGCCGCGCUGAAAUGUCGGCAGCGGAAGAAGCAAUGGCUCGCCAACCUGCAGCAGAAAGUCGAAAUCUUCAGCACGGAGAACGACGCGCUCGCGGCGACAGUCACUCAAUUGCGCGAGGAGAUUGUCGGGCUCAAGACGCUCCUGCUCGCGCAUAAGGACUGUCCCGUUUCGCAAGCGCAGGGUAUCUCGGGCAUGGCUAUGCAGCAACUGGCCGGCGACGCGCAGCAUUAUGCUAAUCCGUAUGGGAUG